ACUCAAUAACCAGUGUGAUUAAAAUAUUUGGUACAAGAAGUAAGACCUAAACUGAAUCUUAUAGAACAUUCUAGAAAAGAGAAAGACCAUGGAAGAAGUCUUAGGGACAUAAAAUAGCGUGGCUUGUUCAAGGAACUGUGUAUUCACACUGUUCUGAUGCAGAAAUCUAGUGGUGCUUUCUGUGGCCAAUUUUGCUUUACUAACCUCCAGGAUAUUAAUAGAGAUAGAAUGUUUUAAUACCUGUGUUCUACUACAAUAAAGUAUCUCUGGUUAGUGCUAGAUUAGGAGAAUCUUAAUCUCUUUGGGCCAGAGUAGCCUGAGGGUAAAACUUCUGUCAUCCACGUGUGCCCAAGUGUGUGUUGUCCUCACACAACUCAACAUUAAACAGAAAUGAUCUCUAUAUUAUUAUGAAAUUAAGCUACAUAUCAUCCAUAUAGGUAUAUAUGCUAUAAAAAUGGAAUUUAUGCUACACUAAUAGCUAGAGAUAUUAAUCAUUUUCACUUCUGGCUGUAAGAUCACUGCUGACAAACAUAUACAAACGUAAGCACGUGUGCACACAGACAACCAAUGAAGGGGAAAGACUAACUGUCUAACCCAAUUGAAAAUCAAAUGAUGACUGAACUUCAAUUGUAGUAUUUGUGCUGAUUGCUUGGAUACUGUUUCUUCAGAAACUAUGCUCAAGUCACAGGUUGUACCUAACCACAUCCUACCACCACAUCCUGCUGGGCUAAAAUCCCAAAAAGUAAUAAGAGAUGCAUUCAACUUUAUGAGAGGAAAGCAAAACCUAAUCUUUUAGGUGGUGAGGUCCACCCAGUAUGGAGCUCAAAGGUGCCAUUGUUCUGCUCAUGUUUAUAAAGGGAGCUGCCAUGUUUAUCUCAACGCAGAGUUGGGAGCAACUCCAGAGCCUCCUUCAAGAUGCUGCUGGUCCUGCUCUCAGUGGUCCUUCUGGCUCUGAGCUCAGCUCAGAGCACAGAUAAUGAUGUGAACUAUGAAGACUUUACUUUCACCAUACCAGAUGUAGAGGACUCAAGUCAGAGACCAGAUCAGGGACCCCAGAGACCUCCUCCUGAAGGACUCCUACCUAGACCCCCUGGUGAUAGUGGUAACCAAGAUGAUGGUCCUCAGCAGAGACCACCACAACCAGGAGGCCAUCACCGCCAUCCUCCCCCACCUCCUUUUCAAAAUCAACAACGACCACCCCGACGAGGACACCGUCAACUCUCUCUACCCCGAUUUCCUUCUGUCAGCCUGCAGGAAGCAUCAUCAUUCUUCUGGAGGGACAGACCAGCAAGACAUUCCCAGGAGCAGCCACUCUGGUAAUCUAGAAUUCAGUGGCAG